GAAUCAAGGUCGUCGAGUCAUCGAAAAAAUUUUGCAAAUUUUUUAUUCCGGUCAGAAAGCCAACCCUGACUUGUUUUGAUAACCGAAACGUUUACUUCACGUGUGGCAUUAUAAAUUCGACUAAUUUUUAGAUUAAUUUCACAAUAAUUAAUCAGAUUUUGACACAAUGGCCAAGUCAAAGAAUCAUACGAAUCACAAUCAAAACAGAAAAGAUCACCGUAACGGUAUCAAGAAACCGAGGAAAUUCAGAUACGAAUCCAGCCGAGGAGUAUGUCAGAAGUUUUUAAGAAAUCAAAGAUUCGCUCUGAAAGGCAACUUGUCUACGGUCGAUCAAGUGAAACGAGCUUUGGAAAGGAAGAAGAAGAAGUUAGUUUUACGUGCUAUCCUUACUGAAAAGAAAGUCCAAAAAUCCGACAAUUUGGGUAUCUCUAAGGUUUAAAUUUUAACACGUUUGUAUGAAUUUUAUAUUAUAAAUAUAACUGUUACGCGUGGUA